GGCGGCGGCACCAGCUGUCCCGGGGGCUGCCCGGUGUCGCCGGCAGCCCGCGCUAGAAGGCGCUUUGGGAGGAAGGCGCCACGAGGAUAUUGGACUACCAGCAGCUUCGGGUUGCCGGGAAAGGGGCGGAAAUUUAAAAAUGUCAAAAAUCACUACAGAGCUGCUGUUGGAAAGAGCGGUUCCCAGGUCUACCAGGCUUCGAAAGAUUGAGACCCUGAACCUAUCCAAGCUGCAAUUAAAGACUGGAGACUUGGACCCACGGCUCUUCUCCCGGCUGCGACACCUGCAAAAACUUGACAUUUCUGAUAAUGAACUGGUGAAGUUUCCGAACAGCCUCACUCUGCCCGAGUUGCGUGUGCUCAACUGCAGUAAUAAUCAGCUGGAUGAUGUAACCACCCUAAAGCAGUUCCCAAAGCUGGAGGAGCUAAGCUAUGAGAACAACAUGGACUUGACACGCAAUGAUGACCAUAAGGUCAUAUUUCUUUUACAAAACCUUCGUUUACUCAAUGGCAAGGAUGUGACCAAAUUAGCUGAUCACGUGAGACAGAUCAGCAGUCAAAAACUCACCAGUAAGGUCACUACUUACUGGGAGAAAAACUUCCGAGACCAACUGCCCAAGGAUUGCACAGCUGAGGAUGUAAAAGCCAUCAGGAAGAAGUUCUUGAAAUCUGUUCAAACCCACGUCAUCUUUGGACCUAGCUCACUCCGAGAAUUUACCCGAUGGCGGGUGAAGACAAUAGCAGAAGAAUUCUUGGAAUCUUUGUUGGGACAGGAAGAGAACACAAACCCUGAACUGGAGGAAAGGGUGGAUGAUGAGGAGGAGGAGGAGGAGGAGAAUACAGAAAGCCCUGGGGAGGUUAUGGAGGAAGUGGAUCAGGUGAUUUCAACCCCCAGCAAGAGAAAAGGAAAUCGUUCACCAGCAGGAUCUGGGAACAAAAGGCCACGGCCCCAGCCUAACCCCAAGGAAAUUGUGCUGAGCCCCAGGAAGUCCAGUCAUUUGCAGGAUGAGCCAACACCCGAGAAACCAAGAGCAUCGAACCAGAAGGCCAAGCUGGCAAAGCCUGGCCAAGGUGCUGAAGGGACUCAGCGAAAUGGAGAGCAGCUCCCCAAAGGACAGAGCCACAGAAGAUCCAGCCAGCUGGCAGAGCAGCAAAAGAGCCAGGAACAAGACAAAGGGGUUGUUAGCUUGACCCCAGUGAAGGACCUAGAAGGCGAGGACGUCAUUCUGGAGCCAUUGCACUUUCUCCAGUGUCACAGCAAAAGCAACAGCCGCGAAGAUUUUAAAACGCAGCUCUGGUCCUGUGCAUUUGAGCCUCUGCUAGAUGGUGGGACCAGGAAGGAUCCCAUAGUGAGCUCAUCUCGAACUGUGGCUACAUGUGGAGGAGAGGCUGUUUGUCUAAUUGACUGCGAGACUGGAAUAGUGCUGAAAAAGUACAAAGUGCCUGCGGAGGAGUUUUUCACUGUUGCAUGGACAACUCUAACAAUGGUAAAUAAAGACAAUCGGAAAAGAACCCAUAAUAUUUUGGCAGCAGCUGGAAGAAGAGGAAUUGUCAAGCUGAUCCAUGUAACAGCUGACUUCUGUUACGGAGAGAUAAAGGCCCACAAGAAGCCCAUUGCUACGGCCUGCUUCAGCACUUCAUGUGAGACCCACCUCUUUACUGCAUCCUAUGACAAAAGAAUUGCCCUGUGGGAUAUCGGUGUUCCAGAUUGUGACUACAACUUCAAAGCAAGUCAGUUGUUGGUGAUGGAAGCUGUCUCUGUGCCAUUACGGAUUGCCCUGGUCCCUUCCUGCCCAGAUCAGUAUCUGCUAGCUGGUUGUGAAGAUGGUUGCUUUGCCUGGGAUAUUAGAUUGGAUAGACCACAGAAGAACAGGCCUUUUGAAGUUACGUUCCAGUUUCCUGAUGAGGAGGGAGAAGAGACCACUUCCCACAGAGUUGAUGGCUUGGCUUUUUUGAACAAGGAUGUUGUAGUUUCCAAGAGCUCUAAGGCAGGUACUAUCUACAUGUGGAGCUGGAGUCAAUCUAUGGAGGCCAGUGGAACUGCGUGUCAGAGAUCAGCCCCUGCAGUUAUCCUGGCUGAACUAGAGUGGUCACCAACAGACUUGCCCUACCUCACCCUCAGCACCUGUCCAGCAAAGGAGUAUGUGUUUUGUGGUGAUGAAAAUGGAAGCGUGUGGAUGUACAACCUCAGCAACCACUCGGCCUGGAGCACUGCUGCAAGAAGAAAGCGCUCAGACAAGAGUAUAGCUGCCACACAGAUUCUCAAAUGGCCAGAACUUCGAGCAAACGGUGAAGUGCUGACUGACGUCUUAAUAAACAACGUGAUAACAGAUCCUACCUUCACUUAUCUCAUUGCUUUAACUAGUGUGAACAUAGCAGCUAUUUGGAAGAAAACAUAGCUUGCUGUUUGAUGACAAUUUUCACUCCCAUAGUUGGAAAUAGUGCAGUAUUAGUGACUGUUUACAAGUGUAAUCAUGACGUUUUCUAGAGAGCCAUUGUCAUGCAAGCAGUACAUAUUCUGUCAUUAUAAACAUCCCGUUUCUUUUACUGAGAAUUUCCACAAUUUGUGUAUUUGUUUUAUAGAAAUGACACUUAAUAAAACUUAAUACCAGUUCA